AUCCUGGGUACAAAUAGCAGCUCCACCCCACCGGUCACUGCUCUCUCUGUCCUCAAGCUGCGCAAUUAGUCAUCAGCAAUCAUCACUACAAGGUCUCUCAACAACAAUGAGUCCAAAAAAUGUCGUUUUCAAGAAAAUUUCCAAAGACAAGUCGGUGGGUGUGUAUAUGGGGAAGAGAGACUUUGUUGACCGAGUGGACUCAGUAGAUCCAGUGGACGGUGUCAUUCUUAUUGACCCUGAACAGCUGAGGGGCAAAAAAGCAUAUGUCACAUUGUCAUGCGUGUUCCGGUAUGGCCGUGAUGACGACGCAGAGGUGUUGGGUAUCUCGUUUAGGAAAGAGAUCUACAUUUCCACCCGGCAGGUCUACCCCGCACUGCAGGACAAAGAGCAGUGCAUUCUCACCAAAGUGCAGGAGAAACUACUGCGCAAACUGGGGGACAAUGCCUACCCCUUUUUCUUUGAAUUCCCUGAUAACUUGCCCUGCUCAGUUGGACUGCAGCCAGCCCCAAAAGAUGUCGGAAAGCACUGUGCUGUUGAGUUUGAGGUGAAAGCCUUCUGUGCUGAGAGCCAGGAUGCCAAAGUUCGCAAACGGAGCUCAGUCGGUCUGAUGAUCCGUAAGGUCCAGUAUGCCCCAGAGAAGCUCGGACCCGCUCCCAGUGUGGAGACCACCCGUGACUUCCUCAUGUCUGACAAACCGCUGCAUUUGGAAGCUAGCUUGGAGAAGCAGACGUACUAUCACGGAGAACCCAUCAACGUAAGGGUCAAAAUCAAUAACCAAUCCAACAAAAAUGUGAGGAACAUCAUCCUUUCCGUGGAACAAAACGCCAACGUGGUGCUGUACUGCAAUGACAAUUAUAUGAAGGUGGUGGCCACAGAGGAUUCUGGGCACUCUGUUGAUUCUGGUGCCAAACUGGAGAAAGUCUACACUUUGCUACCCCUGCUGGCCAAUAACAGAGAACGCCGAGGAAUUGCGCUGGAUGGAAAAUUAAAGCAUGAAGAUACUAAUCUAGCCUCUUCCAGCAUCAUUAAAGAAGGCGUUCAGAAGGAAGUUCUGGGAAUCAUGGUGUCUUACAGAGUUGUUGUGAAGCUUAUUGUUGGAGGCAUGAUGGGAUCCAGUGAGGUCGGAGUGGAACUUCCUUUUCAACUUAUGCACCCAAAGCCUGACGCAGUGAAGGAAAGUGAAGCGGAAGAAGAAAUGGUAUUUGAGGAGUUCAAGCGCACCUACCUGAAGGGCAUGCCUGAGGACGAGGAUGAAGGAAAUGCGAACAUUGAGGAGAACGUGUAGAAGAUCUCGAAGCAUCGCUCGAUAUAGUAAAGUACAUAAUUAGGGAUGUUAAAAAUCAUAUAGAGAACACUGCGAAAGAGCACUUCUCGGUUACACUGAAAAAAAAAUUAUUCAUUGGAUAUGUUAAAAAGUUUUAAGGUAAUUGGUUGGAAACUAUUUAUGUAGGCUGAAUUUAAAUAAAUUAAGUCAGUGGUUCUCAAACUUUUUUCACCAAGUACCUUAGAAAAAAAUUGUCUCUCCAAGUACCACUAACAUGAGCAGUAUUGAAAUACAGUAGCGUAGUAGGCCCAGUAAAGCAGCUACAACUCAGUAAAAUAAAAAAUAAAAAACGUGGCAGAUUACCUCAGAAAUAUAGGCUAUAUGUCCAACCCAAGCUCAUUCUGGAAACGUAGCCCCGCGGACGUUUCUGGAGACCGCGAUUUACGUGGCCGGAGGUCCGUAAAGGCCGGGUUUGGUUUUUUUCGAGCGAACGCUGCAGGGCGGUGUGGCGCCGCUCCACCCCUCCUCUUCGCGCUCGCCGGCCGACGCAAUCAGUUUGUCCGCCUAGCUCACAGCGUUGCGUCGGCGGAGACCCCGGAGGAGGAGGAGCCGGAGCCGGCCGCGGUGGACGACGACCGGGAUUGAGUCCGGGGAACAGCGGGUUCCGGAAAUCAGGUAAGACGAAAAACGGAAUUCGGAAAAUAAGGGCGAGAACGCGGCGGGAUCCGAAAACGUGGUCCGCAGGGCUACGUUUCCACAAUGAGCCCGGGUUGUAUAUGUCAUAUAUGGCAUAUUAUAUAUCAUCAUUUUUGAUAAAUUUUGAAAUGUGUUUAGCAUGUACAUGACAUAUUUCAUUCCUCCGCGUACCACUAAAAGGAAGCCUGUGUACCACUAGUGGUCCACGCACCACAGUUUGAGAACCACUGAAUUAAGUUGAACAUUGUGGUGGCUCAGUGGUUAGCACUGUCACCUUACAGCAAGAAGGUCGCUGGUUCGAGUCUCUGCUGGGCCAGUUGGCAUUUCUCUGUGGAGUUUGCAUGUUUUCCCCAUGUUCAUGUGGGUUUCCUCCGGGUCCUCCGGUUUCCCCCACAGUCCAGUGACAUGCGCUAUAGGGGAAUUGGAUGAACUAAAUUGGCUGUAGUGUAUAUGUGUGAAUGAGAGUGUAUGGGUGUUUCCCAGUACUGGGUUGCGGCUGGAAGUGCAUCCGCUGUGUAAAACAUAUGCUGGAAUAGUUGGCGGUUCAUUCUGCUGUGGCGACCCCUGAUAAAUAAGGGACUAAGCCGAAGGAAAAUUAAUGAAUUAAAGUUGAACAUUAUUAAAUGUAAUUUGUUUAAAUUCAGCCCAUAUAAACAGUUUGCAACUACAUACCUUAAAGACAUUUAGUAAAUCCAAUGAAUCACUUUUUUCAGUGUAUUUGCUGAUUGUAGUUGCAAUUAGAGAUGAAUAGAGAUACUCCAUCAAUCAUUCUUCAGCUGUCUGAUCUCUGUGGAAGUGGGACCUGUAAUUUAAAAUUAAUAGAGAGCUGUUUCUCCUAUUAUAUACAGAUACAGAAGCUGCAAAAUGCAUAUCUAAGUAGUUGUAAAACUUUGUGAUAUGAAGCAAGAACCUUUAUUGUAAUAAAUGUAUUAUUAUGAAACACUGUAUUGUUAUAAAAUACUGAAUUGUAGUGGAGUGUUCAAUGAUUAAAGCAUGAUGAAGGAGGAGGAACGAAAGAGGUCUCUUUUUGUUGUUAUUUAGGAUUUUUGGUAACACUUAAUAAUUACACACUAUGAACCAUUAAGCGUUAGCAAAUAGUGAAAUCAUGAUCUGUUAAUCAAUAACUCUACAUUAAUAAAUGUUAGUAAGCAGUUUAUAACUGCAGCUACAAAAACUGUAUUCUUGACUUACAAACUUAUUCAUAAUGUGCUUAAUACUUGUACUUUUGUACUUUAUUUAUUUUUCAUUACUAAAUGAAGUAUUGCAUUAUUUGCAAACCAUUUAUUUAGUUGGAUGUUUUUAAGAUCAUUCAAAAUGAGUUAGUAAAUGAUUAAUAAACUAUUCAAAUGAA